UAUAGCCUAUACAGUCAGCGGCAGCUGGCAUAGGGUCGGUGUAUUAUAAAUUUUAUAACUCAAAUAUUAUACUACUCGUUAUGUGAAAAAGGCGGGAAACUCAUAAUACGCAUUGUGUUUAAUGUUUUAUUUACGGUUUAUGAUAUGUGGGGAUUGACUUAACCGUACUUUGCAACAUUUCUUGUCCAUUCCAUCAUAUUUUGUUGGACAGUGUACCUUCUGUAUUGAAAUAACGUUUAUUUUGUUUUUUAUUUCACAGAUUUAACAAAACAAUUUUCUUAUUGAUAUUACAAUUAAUUUUAAUAACAUGGAAGCGAUGACAAACGGUUCAAGUAAACCGAAAACUAAGCUUUUCGUCCAAAAACGUGACGGUCAGCUGGAAGAGGUGUUGAUGGAUAAGAUAACCUCGAGAAUAGAAAAACUUUGUGAUGGACUUGAUAUGAACUUUAUUGAUCCGGCUGAGAUAACACUUAACGUCAUCAGUGAUUUAUGUCCAGGAAUUAGCACUGUACAGAUUGAUAAUUUGGCAGCUGAAACGGCUGCUUAUUUAACUACUAAACAUCCAGAUUAUGCAUUACUUGCAGCUCGUAUUGCUAUUUCUAACCUUUAUAAAGAAACAAAGGAAAAAUUUAGUGAUGUUAUUUACGAUUUACACAACAUGACCAACGAACGUAAUCAGAGCCGUAUGCCUAUUAUUUCCGAAUAUCAUUAUAACAUAGUCAUGAAAAAUGCUGAUCGAUUAAAUAAUGCUAUAAACCACGAUAGAGAUUCCACCUAUAGUUACUUUGGUUUUAAAACACUCGAAAAAUCAUAUUUGCUUAAAAUAAAUAAUAAAGUUGCUGAACGACCACAACAUUUGUUGAUGAGGGUUUCAAUUGGUAUUCACGGUGAAGAUAUUGACUCAGCUAUAGAAACUUACGACUUGAUGUCGUUAAAAUAUUUUACUCAUGCUUCUCCAACAAUGUUUAACGCAGCGACACCUAAACCCCAGCUUUCAAGUUGUUUUUUGGUAGCCAACAAAUCGGAUUCUCUGGAUGAUUUGGCAAAAACAAUAACGACUUGUGCCAAAAUUUCAAAAUCUGCUGGUGGAAUUGGUAUACACGUUCAUAAUACAAGCGCAGCUGGCACAACAUGGGAAACAUACCCUAAACGAGAAUCACCCGGACUCGUUGAACAGCUUAAGUGUUUAAAUGAUUUGGCUCAGUAUGUUGAUCAAGGCGGUAGAAGAGCUGGUGCUGUUGCUGUUUACGUCGAACCUUGGCAUGCAGAUAUUUACACAUACACAGAAUUACGAAAAAAUACUGGUGACAAGGAAGAGAAGACGAGAGAUUUGUUCUUGGCUCUAUGGAUACCCGAUGAAUUUAUGAGACGCGUAGAAGCAGAUGAAACAUGGAGUUUGAUGUGCCCUCGUAAAUGUCCAGGCCUUGCAGAUGUCUGGGGUGAAGAAUUUGUAAAACUUUACAAAAAAUACGAGGAUGAAAAACUUUAUAAUCGGCAGGUUUCAGCUAGAGAAUUAUGGUUUCGUAUAAUAACUUCACAGAUUGAAACUGGAAUGCCAUAUGUCUUGUAUAAAGAUGCCUGUAAUGCUAAAAGCAAUCAAAAAAAUCUUGGCACGAUUAAGUGUAGCAAUCUUUGUACUGAAGUUAUUCAGUAUACUUCACCAGAAGAGGUAGCCGUAUGCAAUCUUGCUUCAAUUGCUGUAAAUAUGUUUGUGAAACCUAAUGGUGAAUAUGAUUUUGAAAAGCUAUUAAAAAUUACUAAAAUAGUCACUAAAAAUUUGAACAAAGUAAUCGAUGUUAAUUUUUAUCCAGUGGUAGAAGCUGAAGUUUCAAACAAACGUCAUCGUCCUAUUGGCAUAGGUGUUCAAGGAUUGGCUGACUUGUUUUUGUUAAUGCGCUACCCGUUUGGAUCACCUGAGUCCCGAAAACUCAAUAUUCAGAUAUUUGAAACUUUGUAUUAUGGCGCUUUGGAAGCUAGUUGUGAAUUAGCUGAAGUCCAAGGAACUUACACUUCUUAUGAAGGUUCACCUAUAAGUAAAGGAAUUCUCCAGUAUGAUAUGUGGGAUGUUGAACCAACUGAUCUAUGGAAUUGGGAUACAUUAAAAACAAAAAUUGCUAAAUGUGGAGUAAGAAAUUCAUUGUUGUUAGCUCCAAUGCCAACUGCCUCUACAGCUCAGAUUCUUGGUAACAACGAAUCUAUAGAACCAUACACCACAAAUUUAUACUAUAGACGUACCCUUUGUGGAGAAUUCAGUGUGGUUAAUCGCCAUUUAUUGAAUGACCUAAUCAAAUUAAAUCUUUGGAAUGAAGAUAUGAGAAACGAAUUGAUAUAUUACAAAGGAUCCGUUCAGAAAAUAGAAAGUAUACCAAAUAAAAUAAAAGACCUUUACAAGACCAAUUGGGAGUUAUCUCAAAAAAUAAUUUUGGAUAUGGCAGCUGACAGAGCCGCAUAUAUAGAUCAAUCACAAUCGUUAAAUAUUCACAUCGAACAGCCAUCCAUUGGUAAAAUAUCAUCGGUGCACUUUUAUGGAUGGAAAAAGGGACUUAAGACAGGCAUGUAUUAUUUACGAACCAGACCGGCAGCCGAUCCAAUUCAAUUUACAGUAAACAAAAGUACUUUAUCUAACAAUGUCGCCAGUCAAACUGAAAAAGAUGAAGCUUUGAGUAUGAAGCAGUUGAUAUGUUCAUUGGAAAAUAGAGAUGCUUGUACGAUGUGUGGUGCUUAAAUAGCUUUAGAGUGUACUGAAUUAUUCUUUUAUUAGUUAUAACCAAUCAUUUGUUACAAAAACUAUCAAAAUCUCAAGUUCCAUUAUCAAUUUAAUUAUCUACUAAAAAUAAUAUUUAAGGUUUAAAUAAAUUGAUAAAACCACCUCAUGUGGUUUAAUAUAUAUCUAGGGUUUAAUUUAUUGUGUUCAUUGUAUUUUAAUUUUAUUACAUUUUACCAUCAAUUAAAUUGUAUUAUGUAUUUUUUACUGGGAAAUAAACUAUAUUUUAAUACAAAA